AUGGCCAACACGACGACAUCAUCCCUAUCACCGUCAUCGGUAAUAUUGGCCACUCAAUCCCAAAUCCCAACUAAUACUGCUGACACCACCACCACCGCACUAAAUCACUACGAAUUGAUGGAAUGGUACCAAUAUCCCACGGGGAUCGUCAUGGAUCUGGUGCAUACCGUCCAUGACAUGACCGGCUUCAAUUAUGCACUCUCAAUUGCCACCGUCACGGUACUCUUUCGAUUGACCGUCAAUCUCCCAUUGGGAAUCAUGGCCACUCGCGUCGAUCCUACACUCGAACAGGACAUUGAUCGUCUUCAUCAACAAGUGCAGCAACAAAAACUACAAAAAUCCCGUACCACAAAACAAAAUACUCAAUUGCUUUCCCAACAACGCGAUCAACUCCAAGCUCGUGUUCGCAAACGACAAUUCCUACAAAUUGCAUUGCCCUUGACCAAUCUGAGUACCUUUUUCAUCAUGAUGAGUGGCAUGCGAGGAUUGACCCUGUACGACGAUCCGCAGGCCAUGAUUGCGGGUGGAAUGCUCUGGUUUCCCAAUUUGACGCUUCCCGAUCCUUCGCUCGCGUUGCCCCUCAUGAGUACACUCGGGGUCUUUCUCAUGACCGAAGUACGAGCCGAUCAAAUGGGGAAUCCCACCACCACCGAAUGGUCACCGAAAUGGAAAUUGUUUCGACGAUCCCUACCGGUUCUUUUCUUUGUCGCAUUGCACAAGGCACCCACCGCCAUUUUCUGUGCGUGGAUACCCUAUUCGACAGUCAGUUUAUUCCAAAUUGCAUUGCUCAGUCAAGUACACACGGUUCGAGCGGCCUUGGGCGUGCGGGACAAGCAAAACAAAAACCAAAGCAAGGAGAAGGAAGUUCAAUACUUUGUCGAACCUCAACAGAAGAAUGAUAGUACCGGUACCAGUAAGAAGGCAGCCAGCAAUCAGGAGAAGAAGCCACUAGGGUCUGUCGCAAAGACAACAACAAUGAGGACAAAGAACCGAAAAGGAAAGGGAAAGCGAUGA